CCCUGCCUACCUGAGGCCUUCCAAAGCUUCCUACUGGCAAUGUGUGCUCUCCUUAACGCCUCCUCUCACCUGGUUCGAGCACGUCAGCAUGCUGGUCAUCCUUCUGAACUGUGUCACCCUGGGCAUGUUCCAGCCCUGCGAAGAUGUGGAGUGCCAGUCGGAGCGCUGCACCAUCCUGGAGGCAUUUGACGACUUCAUUUUCGCUUUCUUUGCGGUGGAGAUGGUCAUCAAGAUGGUGGCUCUGGGGAUCUUCGGGCAGAAGUGUUACCUUGGAGACACGUGGAAUCGCCUGGAUUUCUUCAUUGUGAUGGCAGGCAUGAUGGAGUACUCCCUGGAUGGACACAACGUCAGCCUGUCUGCAAUCCGCACCGUGCGCGUGCUGCGGCCGCUGCGAGCCAUUAACAGGGUCCCAAGUAUGCGAAUACUCGUCACCCUGCUGUUAGAUACUCUGCCUAUGUUAGGCAACGUCCUCCUCUUGUGCUUCUUUGUCUUCUUCAUUUUUGGGAUCGUCGGUGUGCAGCUCUGGGCAGGGCUGCUAAGAAACAGGUGUUUCCUGGACAGGAAUUUGGCAACGACAUAUAACCUUACCUUCCUGCAUCCGUACUACCGCACAGACGAAGCAGAGGAGAAUCCAUUCAUCUGCUCAUCCCAUCGUGAGAACGGCAUGCAGAAAUGCUCCAACAUCCCAACCAGGAAGGAGUACAAGGUGGAGUGCACCUUGAGCAUGGACUCCUACACCCCAAGUUUAUACAACCCUGACUUCAGCAGCAAGAAUGCCUGCAUAAACUGGAACCAGUAUUACAAUGUAUGCAUGGCAGGGGAUGUAAACCCACACAAUGGAGCUAUCAAUUUUGAUAAUAUUGGCUAUGCCUGGAUAGCUAUAUUUCAGGUAUGAUUCUCUAAAGGUUUCCUGUGUAUUUGUUUUGUCAUCCUUUGCUUGGGAGGAUUUUAUCAAUACCUCAGUGGAGAAAGGAAUUUGCUUGCUGCAUGAAGCUGCACAUAAAGACACGUAGAGUAAAUGAAUCAGACAUUGUGCACCAAUGCUCCAACAGAGCACUCGGAGAGAAUGGCUACUUUUCAGUGUUCUGGAAGAGAGGGGAAAUGCUUCAGGCAGACAAAAAUCUGGCAAGUUUUGGCACUGCAGAUUAGACCUGGAUAAAUCCUAAGAAGGAAGUCUCUUUGAGAGUUGGGGUCCUUAUUUAUUGCUGCAGUAUCAGGAAAUGGAGAAAAAUGUCCACAUCCUUAAGCAAGAUUUAAUAUUGUUCUGAAAUGUAGCAGCUAGCAUGAUGGCAAAAUUUGGGUCUGAAUCAAGAGUUACAAGGUUGUACUGGUUAGCAUGGUAUGCUGUGGGGAGGAGUAAAUAACCCAGACAGACUAUUCUGGCUAGAAUAACUGGGAAGAGAUGUCUACUCACAUGGGGCUGGAGUCUGACUUGAUCCACUCUUGUACAGCUCUGCAAUGGAGACCACAGUGCUUCUGACUCAGGCUGGGGAAGACUUGGCAAAUGAUAAGGCAUACUCCAGUAACCAGAGCAUUUUCAGUGCAUUUGUAGCUCUGGAACACUGCAGAGCUCAUCUGCACAGUCCCGAGGCUGUGGUCUCGUAGGACUGGACUGGUGGAUUUGAAAUGAGGUGUGAGUGGUUUUCAGUCUUUAUUUUGCAGUUUGUUUUUGAUACCGAUUUCUUUGUGCUUUCAGCUACACAUCCUAUUUUGUUUGGUCUUCCUGAAGAGCAGGUGAUGUCUUCCUAAAAGAGAGACAAUCUUCUUUCAGUUUUCUUAAUGACAAGUAAUUGCUCAUUCACCUCUCUAAAUUCCACUUCUGAAUUUCUUUCUGUUCAUAUUAUAAUAUGAACAUAAUGACUUGUCAUUUUUAUCUGAGAGCUGUGAAGAGGCGUUUGCUUGCUCUGAGCAUCUUGUUUGCUCUCACAGCAACAAACCUCAAAUUGCAACGUUCAUGGUGUCAGGGGCUCAAAACCAAACCCAGAAGGGCUCAGACAGACCUCAUGCCUCUGUUAAGCUGUUUUUAAAGAUGCUCGGGUUCUCUCCUGGAAUUACUAUGUCACAAGAGAAUCCCGACUGGUAGUGAGUGCUGCAUGAAGGGAAGAGGGAAAUCAAAGCAUGAGUCUUAGGUGGGUCUCUGGCUGCACUUGCUUUCUCCUUCUCCUGCUCUCACACAGAUGAUGGAUGCGUCCAGGAGGUCCUCUCUGGCUCCCACCACAGGACAGCAAUGUACUUUCUAGAGAAAAGGCAGAGGCCGAUGUGUUGCAGACUGCCUGUGCAAGUGCACUGAAAUCGAGCAGGUGCUUUUCCAGGGCUCCUGCUUCCUUUGUACUUCCCAAGCAGAUUUGCAGGCAGCAAGCCUUCAUUUCAUGUUGGUAUUCCAUUUCUCCAGCAUGCAGGGCUUGCAGAUGUGCAGGUUUAACCUGCAAAGAUCUCAGCUGGUAUCUUUGGAAAGAGCAAAGGGUCUGGCAAAGUUGGAUUUUGUAGCUGUAGAUCACUUCAACCCAUGCCAACAGGUUAAUGGAUGAAUUUAAUGCCACUUAGGCCAUCCAAAUGCUAGUGUUCCCAGACAAACAAGGCUCUUACAUCUUUAUUCCCUUGUCCUCUCUGAGUUUUCAGAAUAGAAAAUGAAAACAAUAUAACUCCAGGUAAAGUAGCAGCUGUUGGGAGUAAGGUGGUUGCUUAGCUUGGGUGUGGAAAGACUAAAUCAUUACUGCAAGAGGUUGGAUGCUAAAUCAAAACAAUUGCUAUAAGCAGAGAACAUUCAAGAAGCUAAGCUGUUGAGUUGUGCUCUCAUUACGUGUAAUAUUGAGGCUGGGCAGCACCAGGUCAGCAGUUAGAUGAGGCCUCAGAGGAAGGAGUGCAGAAAGUAGAACUGAUGGCUUUCGUAGCCUGGGAGCUUCCCUGUGAGAUGCUAUUGAAUUACUGGGCAGAAAGCACUCUGCUGUGCUCUGAAUGAGACAGAUCAAAUCGUCCUGAGCCCUUCUGGGGAAUAAUGAAUACAUGGUACUUUGCAAGGGUUAUGACAGAGGACUGAACCUCAAGGGCUGGCGAGCCUCCCUUUUGCAUAAUGGCAGUCUUAAGACUCAGCUGGAUAAAGCAUCCCUCAUGAUUUAUCCCAAAUGAGUUUGAAAUCUAGCACGGUUUAAGAGCUGUCAGAAGGCAGAUUGGUGAAAUGAGCCCCACAGGUGAAAUAGGGAAGGAAUCUUCUGAGUACGGUGACUGCAAGUUGUGCCCAGGAGUUUUCAAGGGCAAUCUGAUACUGUGCAGUCUGCAAACAAACAAAACCAAAAGCAGACUUUGACAGGGGAAUCUGGAUUUCUCUGCUCCUUGUGGAUGGGAUGCCAGUGCACAAAGCUAGCAGCGUGGCUGAGCUUUCUCAGCUGCCAGAGUUUGGAUUUUAGCAUCUAAGCUGAAAGACAUUUAGCUUUAUGGUAGUGGUCCUAAACUUGCAGCUAACCUGGCAUACAGAUGGGACAUAUGGUGGGGCACACCAACCAGUGAAACACAUUGCUGACCUAAGCAGAAGAGUGAGAAGCAUCAAACAGAAAAGCCAACCCAGUCCAGACAAAAUCUGAAAGUAAUAAGAACAGUAGCUGCAUCCAUGGGUGUUUGCAAGGAUAAUAAUUCCUUAUGUAAUCCUGAAAAUGAUUCAUGUUUUGAUUCCCCUCAUUUAUUGUGUAAUAGGCUAAUUCAUGUAUAUAUUUGUUACAAAGACACGUUCAAUGGCAAAUUAUAUGAACUAAUUAGCUUAUUAGAGAAUAAAUGAAAGGAGAUAGAACCUAAAUUAACUGUGAGGUUUGGCAUGAUAUUAAGAUCCCUUUACUGCAUAUGAGUUUCAGCCAUAACAGUAAGAGCAGUAAUUACAGGUAUUGUCACACUGCAAAUGAUGAAUUACUCACCUAACCAAAGUCCAAUUUAAUUUGAAUUACUGACAGUCUCAGUGGAAGAACCAAAAGGCUGCCAUGUUCAUAGCCAUCAGCCUCGUGCAGCCAGGCCUGAAUGCAGAAACCCCAUUAUACAUACAACACAAGGGCGUGGGGUGGUUGCUGAGAUGCACAGUUUGGGAAAAAUAAAGAUAAUUCAGGCUGCUUUGUAAAUCAUAGAACCGUUGUGUAGAUGACUUCAGGUCUGACCUGCAGAAGAGUAAAGACCUAUAAUAGAACUUUACAUUGGGAGGCAAAGCUGAAGGAACAAUAACCAUCAGUGGGGUGGAAGCAAGGAGAGAUCAAGGGAACAAACUUCCUCUGUGCCUCCUUCCAGGAUGUAGGUGCAAGGACAGAAUUUUGAGAGCAGGUUUUAAGGAAACGUUCGUCCAACACGGGAGAAUAUUUGUUUGGCAACUUGAAGGGCUAGGGCACUUCUGGUGAGGGCUGAUUUUGCCUUUCCAUGGCUUCUUCUUAAUACGGUGCCUUCCAGAAAUAUCUGCAUUUUCCAAGGGGCUUCCUUAGAAGAUCCUCUUGAAAUUACUAUCUGGAUGCAGCUCUCGGAUUCGUGACUCUCUUCCUGGCUUCUGAGUGCAUAUUGCUUCUACGAGGCUUUGCUGUAAGAAGACAUCUCUGUUAACAAGUUAAUCAAGUCCUACAGGUAACACAUCUCUGGCCCAUCAUCAGAAGGCCCUAGCGAGGGAAUUCUCAGAGGAGACUGCUUUGCAUUCAGCAUCUCCCUUACUGCUGUCAGAAGGAGGAAAGAAAAACCUGGUCGUGCUCAUGAGAGCUGAAGACAGCCCAGCAGGCGCACGACAUGAUGAGAAUGCCCAAGAAAGAAAAAGCUGAAUCACCUUCUCAAAGAUGUCUGGAAAUAGAGCAGCAUUAAAGGAACUGUCAGCAGCAGCAAGAGGUUGAGGAAUUAUCUUGAUUGUGUGCUUAGGUGGAGAACUCACUGCACCUGGUUUGCUGAAGCUAGGAGUGUGUCACAGCCCAGCAGGCGUGGUGACCUGCUCAAGAAGAAAAGUUUGGGAUGGGAAGUUGGGGGAAUGGAUGCCACCCACUUCCUCCUUCAUUUGUCCUUCUGUGGAUGCUGUACUCUGGAGAUAAUGGCAGGCUGCCUGAGCAGUGUGACAGCUGGCAGUGACAGCCACCUGCUGACGUGGUCCUUUGCAUGUGAAGUUCUCUUUCCUGUGCCCCAGCACAUCAGAGAAAAAAAAAAAAGCUCCUUGGAACUUGUGCUCUAAUCCUAAUUGUAAAAAAACCUGUAAUCUAAUCCUGGAUUGAUUCACUUGGAUCCUGCUCCACGUGCUGAUGGGGAGCUUGGUUUGUCUCUGUGCUGCUGACUGCUGCCACCACGAUGCCUGCCUGCAGAUGGGUCAGCUGAGGAGGUUCACAUCAUGGGAUUCCAGGUUUGGAAGGGGGAAGGUUCAUUUCUCCCAUUUCUCUGUAAACUAUUAUUCCUUGCUGGAACUGCUAGAUGUGGGUCACUGCCCACCAAACUGUGCUAUGAUUCUGUGGCUGUUUUAUGGAAUAGAAGAAAGUGGAAACAGCCUGAAGCUUCCAACUGCAAUUCUAUGUAUGCAUGCAACACAUAGUCCUGUGGGCCAUGCUUUUCAGAAGCAGCUGUCACUUUGAGUGCCCUUAUUUUCAGAGUUUGUUGAAUAGAUAAUUUUUUUGUCCAAGAAGGGACUUUUCUUGGUCAGACAUUUCAUUCUUUAAACUAGAGAUGUGUGUCAUUAAACUGGA